CACAAGAAGCAACGUCACGUCUAGCUGUCAUGGCGCUGUACAGCAGUCAAUGCUGACUUUUUGAGUAGACCACUGGCUGAAGAAAUCGACACGGUUUUACUUAUAGAAGGGGUACAGUACAUUUAAACGCAAUAAUCUUGGUUUGGUGAAUAUCUAUAGAAGCAAUCAGGAUGGCGGAGCCAGGCUCAAGCGACCCUGGUGGCCCCUCUAGCACUCCGGCAACGCCCGGAGGGAGUGGAAGGGGGUUGGUGAUGGGACGCCGGCUUCCAGCUACCCUCUCCACCGGCCGCUUCCCUUCCAUGCGCGCCAAAGACCUCACCUUAGGAGGGGUGAAGAAGAAAACCUUCACCCCUAACAUUAUUGGCCGAAAAGCUAAAGAAGAGCAGAAGGUUGAGGCUGGGCAAAGGAGGGAAAGGAGAGAGAAUGAUCGGGGUCGUGAGCGAGGUGGUAGAGGUGGUCGGGGCCGAGGACGUCCAGAAGUCAUCCAGUCCCACUCCAUCUUUGAGCAAGGGCCUGCAGAGAUGAUGAAGAAAAGAGGCGGCUAUGAAGGUGAGAGAGAUGCACCAAGUGUGGGUCCCUCACCCAUUAUCAACAUCAAGAAGGAGAAGAGGGAGACUGAGGAAGAGACCAAAGAAAUUUUGCGCAAUCUGGAACGAGACAAUUUCCUGGAUGACCCUCACCUAAGGAGUGAUGUAAGGAGCUGUCCUGUUCAGCUGCCCCUGGCUGUGUCAGGGUGGGGAUUCAAGGAGGAAAGUGAUGUCACUGAUAUAGCCUCCAAAUCAGACAAGACUGAGGAGGACAGUGAGAACAUGGAGGGAACAAAUGCAUUCAAAGUGAAGCAGGAGCCAGAAGAUGCUCCAGAGGUUAAGAAGAUGGAACCCACUUUCAGACCUCCUCCACUCCCUGAGCCUGAAGUUUUACCUGAGCUGCUGGAGACCUGGAGUCAGAGCAAAGAGGAGGAGCUGUUCUUCAUCCAGCUCCCUGACUCUCUACCAGGGCAGCCGCCCACCCAAGAGGUCAGGCCAGUGAAGACAGAGAUGCAGUCAGAGGAUGGACAGUCCAUGCUAUUGAAAACUGAAUCUCAAGAGGAGGAGCAGGAAGAAAACAGUUGCCAUCUGAGGGACCUGCAGGAGGGUCUGGUGGGACGACUGUUGGUUCGGAAGUCUGGUCGAGUGCAGCUCAUACUGGGGCAUGUCACACUAGAUGUGGCUCUGGGAACCUCAUGCGCUUUCCUCCAGGAGCUGGUGUCAGUUGGAACAGGAGAGGGCCGGACUGGUGACUUGUCAGUGCUGGGACACAUCAAACACAAAUUGGUUUGCUCGCCAGACUUCGAAGCCCUGCUGGAGAACAGAGUAUGAUGAACCAGGACUGGACGAACAGGACAAAUAUAAGCACCCACUAUUAGACCAGGGUUUCUACAGGACAGUGGGGACCACAUCCAGAAAAACACACAGACAUGCAGUGCUGUAUAAGGACAGUAGUACCACAAGCAGACAUUGCACCUAAAUCCUAUACAUGUUUUUUCAGGUGUCCAUUGUUGUACAUUGGCCCUGGAUAGUUUCAGGAUGUGUAAUAGAAAGUAUUGUUACACAGAUUUCCUACCACUAGUUUGUCAGAAAAGAUGGCCUGUUUACAGAACAUUGUAUUUAUUUUUCUCUGCUGAAAGUAAUGGGGGAAGAUUCCCUUGUUUGAGAUGUUUAAAAAAGGUGUGCUAAAUGACUCCAAUAAAGGGAAGGUACAGUA